ACAAACAUCAACUGCAGAGCCAGCUCUAGUUUUGUGAUUGUGUUGUGUCAAAAAUACAGGGUUUUAUUGUUGCAUUUGCAAUUUAAUCCGAUAAAUAUUAGGCGUGGAGUUAUGCGCGAGACGUCGUUGCCAGCGACCAGAGAGCCGAGCGGCCACACGUGUAUGUGUUUCACUGGCGUUGGCAUUCGUUAUUAAUUAAAUCAGCCGCCAACAGCUGAGCGAGUGAAAGAGAGAGGGAGAGGCAGUGGAAGAGAGUUAACCGAACCGAUACAGGCCACUUCCAACCGAAUCGGAAUCGGAAUCGAAGCAGCGCAGUCGGCAGAAGCAGCGCAGUCAGCUGAGGCUUGAUUCCUCCCUGCCGAUUCGGCAGCCGGCAAGAUUUCACUGGAUCUAAUGGCUAAGGACGAGGAGGAUGAUCUGCUGCCCGACAAGGAUGCGGCCAAGGGCUUCUAUGCCAAGUACGAGCCCAAGGAGAUUCUGGGCAGGGGCAUCAGUUCGACCGUGAGGCGAUGCAUCGAGAAGGAGACGGGCAAGGAGUUCGCCGCCAAGAUCAUCGACCUGGGCGCCACCACAGAGGCGGGCGAGACGAAUCCAUAUCACAUGCUGGAAGCAACCAGACAAGAAAUCUCAAUACUGCGCCAGGUCAUGGGGCAUCCCUACAUAAUUGAUCUGCAGGAUGUGUUUGAGUCAGAUGCAUUUGUUUUCCUCGUAUUCGAGCUGUGUCCCAAAGGCGAGCUCUUCGACUAUCUGACCUCUGUGGUGACGCUCUCCGAGAAGAAGACGCGCACCAUUAUGCGACAGAUCUUCGAGGGCGUCGAGUACAUACACGCCAAGAACAUUGUCCAUCGUGACCUCAAGCCCGAGAACAUCUUGCUGGACGAGAAUCACAACGUGAAAAUCACGGACUUUGGCUUCGCCAGGCAGCUGCAGGAGGGCGAGAAACUUACAGAUCUGUGUGGAACACCCGGUUAUUUGGCGCCGGAAACGCUUAAGUGCAACAUGUUCGAAGGAUCGCCCGGCUAUUCGCAGGAAGUGGACAUAUGGGCCUGUGGCGUGAUUAUGUUCACGCUGCUCGUCGGUUGUCCACCUUUCUGGCACCGCAAGCAGAUGGUCAUGCUGCGGAAUAUCAUGGAGGGCAAAUACAGCUUCACCUCGCCCGAGUGGGCCGAUAUUUCAGAGGAUCCCAAGGAUCUGAUACGCAAAUGUCUAGUCGUUGAUCCUGCGCAACGUAUCACCGUCAAGGAAGUAUUAAGACAUCCAUUCUUCAACCAAAUGGUGUUAAUGGGUGAUCGCCGGCAUCCGGCACCGCCCAUCCCGGCCGCCCAUUCAAGCGGCAGAUUCCUCCUCGGCAGAGAGGCCUCAUCGUACCGCUUUGGGCAACUGAGGAGCAGCAGUGGCGCUGGCUAUCUGUACUGUGCGCCACAGAGCUCCUACUCGUCGAAUCGAAUGCGCGAUGGGCCGCUGGACGAUGCGGCUGCCUCCUGCCAUGCCAUGUCAUCCGCCACCGCCUGCUCCUCCUCCGCCGCCGCGGCCCUGGCGUCCUCCUCCCUGGCAUCCGCCAACUCCCACAAAACGCUCACGGCGACGGUCUACUAUCAGCAGCAACCGCAGCAGCAUCAGUCGCAGCAGCAGCAGCAGCAGCAAUCGCAGUAUCAGCAACAGCAACAGACGACGCAACUGCCGGUGCAACUGCAAUUGCAUCCACAGUUGCAGCCAGGUGGCGAUGGCAAGCAAUCGGUGUACACACCUCCUCCAGUGCAGCUGCGCAAACAGAGUCGCUUCAACGCGCGCAAAAAGUUCCAAUUCGCCAUACUCGUGAUACGGGCCGUCAUCCGGAUACGGCGCCUGCGCUACACCGCCGAGCCGCUGCACGUUGAGGAGGCCAUCCGGGAUCCGUACCGCGUCAAGGUUCUGCGCAAGGUCAUCGAUGGCUGUGCCUUCCGUGUCUACGGGCACUGGGUCAAGAAGGGCGAGGGCCAGAACCGGGCCGCCCUCUUCGAGAAUACUCCGCGCACCGAGCUGCACGCGCUCUACAUCAACAAUCUCAGCCGAUAGGAGGCGGCCGGGCGACGGGGCGUGGUCGCUGAGCUACACAAGCACACACAAAACACACAAAAAAAAGAAAAAAAAAAACAGAAGGAAAGCACGGAAAAACCAAGCAACAAACGAAUUAGCAAAAGUUACUAAGAAACACAGGAAAUUGCGAUUGCAAAAAGGAGAGACACCAAAAAGGAUUCAGCCGUACGGCUCGUUGCGAUUCGAAUUCGCCUCGUUCUGCGUCCGGGUUUUUAAGAGCUUCGAGGAGCCCCAAAAA